GUACCGUCACUUACUGGUCGCAGUGUCCAUGAACGUUUGAACUUCGGAUUCCAAAUUUCACCCCAGUGGCAAUAGACGCCAAGGAUUUCAGUCAGUCCCAAACUUGGAAACGUACAUUCAAGUUUGUACAUGGGCCAGAGUAGAUGAUGCGCAGCUUGACUUGGUGCCAAACAUAAUGGUAGCAUAACACACCAAGCCGCCUCGUGUUGGAGAAUGCUUACUUCACGUUAUAUUGUUGCCAAGAUUUUCGCUAUCAGUGCACCAAGCUCAGUUUCGUAACUCUGCUAUAUUUCCACGAUGUCCUCGCUAUCGGAAAAAAUCAUGUUAUUAUUCCAAACACCUCUGGUUACUCCAGAGGCACCUCCCCAACCGGCGGCUUUCCAGCUGAAACAGCUGCAAACUCGCACUUCCACAACAGAGCACCCACGACCAGCCUCAAGUCGAGGUAGCACGGAUAGUGCCACUUUAACAAACAGAAGCAGCCUCGACCCUGCAGUCCAUACUACUCCCAUCUCUUCUAGAGAAGAAUCAGGAGAUAGUCUGCGACCACACUACUCCGCUGAUUAAAAAUAAUGAUUCGGCUUAAGUCAUGCUGCAACAGAAACCCCAGAGAUUUCAAACACUUCUAUCUUAUACCG